GUCCAAACGACAGAAACCAGUGUUUUUGUAGGUGUGUUCUGUUACUAAAAGUUUCUUGCAGUGUUCUGUCAAGUUUCCAGGUGCAAUUGAAUAAAGAGUGUUUAUCAAACAAUCAUCGAGAGGAACCAUGCAGGGUGAAUUUAGAGCCUAGCAAUCAAACCUUGAAGAGAACAAAUAUUUUUCAUUCCGACAGGCACUUAAUUUUGGCGUUAAAAGUCUUACUUUCCAUUUGUUUCUGGUAUAUGUACUACCAUGAAGGUGUGCUUAAUCUUUGCGUUAAUGGCAAUUUCUAGUGGUUUCUCAGAACCUGAAAAUCUUGAGAAAGAAGACAUUGACGUAAAACCUGCAUUAAAGCAAUAUUUUAAUAUAACGGAUGAAAUGGGAGCAGAUUGUGAAGUUGUCGAUGAAAAUAAGGAUUCCAAACUUCAAGAAGCUCUUUUCAGUGAUGAGAAACUUAUAAUGGAUGUAUUAGAUAAAGUAAUGAGUGAAGCAAAAAAUUCAAGAGAAGGUACUGAUGAGGACUACGACGAUCUUAUUAAAACUCAUUGUCUGAACAAUGAUGAGUUCCAAAAUGAGAAAAUAAAUAUUAUCGAAACAGCACUACCAUGCAUCGAGGAGGAGAAAUUGUCCGAACUUCUGCAGUGGACAAUGAAUUACACUUGUAGAAAAAUAAAGGCAAUAGCCAAGUUUACAAAUGCAUAAGCUGGUAAAAAGAAUGACCAGAGAACCAAAGGAUAACAUAAGACGACUUCUGAUGUUUCUGCAAUCUAAUUAUAACAUUAAGAUAACAUAUCAUUGUAUAACAUAAUAAUUAAUAAUAUAAAAUAAUAUAUAACACAAAAUGUAACUUCUAACUAUAGAA